AUGGGGUACAGUCUACUCGUCCGACAGCCAUCGCUCACGAGCUUGGCUGAUAUCACACAGAACAAAACCUUCUUGGAUAUUCGCACCACUGCUGCAGUCUACAACGGGCAUCUUUCAAAGAUGCGUGAUCAAAUACAAGAUCUGACAGCCGAACACACCAUAGUAUUCGCACAGAAGGACGCAGCUAUCGUGGAGCUGAAGCGCGAAGUCGACGAAGUGAGGACUCAGAACACAGAACUCUUAUGCGAUCUUCACCAAGAGAGUAACAAUCGGAAACUAGCAGUCGUGUGUGCCGAAAACCUCACAAGACAGAAUGACAUUAAAGGCAGGGAAGUUAUCACGCUCAACAGUAGGGUUGCCGAGCUCGAGAAUGAGUUGGCUCAAGAGAAAGCCAAGCACAUUGCGGACAAAGGUGCGAACGAGAAGUUGCGUAGCAUCACAGAACAGUGCGCCGAGAUUGCAAGGCUUGUGGGCGAACAUCCGUAG